GCGGGACUUGUUGAAAUUUAGGCGUGAAAGAAUAGCUAACGCCCGAGUAAAACACAACAUUCACCGCUUUAAGCAUUAGCGUUCUGCAGCAUGGAGCUGAGUGAGAUUUUAUACAAUAAGGCUGAGUAUAUCGAGACCGCGUCGGGCAAUAAAGUGAGCAGGCAGUCAGUUCUGUGUGGAAGCCAGAACAUCGUAUUGAAUGGAAAAACCAUAGUGAUGAACGACUGCAUCAUCAGAGGAGAUCUGGCAAACGUCAGGGUUGGCAGGCACUGCGUCAUCAAGAGCAGGAGUGUGAUCCGGCCACCAUUUAAAAAGUUUAGCAAAGGAGUGGCGUUCUUUCCCUUGCACAUCGGAGAUCACGUGUUCAUAGAGGAGGACUGUGUUGUGAAUGCAGCUCAGAUCGGCUCAUACGUUCACAUCGGGAAAAACUGCGUCAUUGGUCGACGGUGCGUGUUAAAAGACUGCUGUAAAAUUCUGGAUAACACGGUCCUGCCUCCUGAGACAGUCGUUCCUCCUUUUACAGUGUUCUCAGGAUGUCCAGGUUUAUUUACCGGAGAGCUGCCAGAGUGCACACAGGAGCUGAUGAUCGAUGUGACUAAGAGCUAUUAUCAGAAAUUCCUGCCACUAAGCCAAAUCUAACCGCCAAUGAUCUCUUGAAACCGGACACUUUAUUUAUCCAUAAUCAUUUCCUCCCUUCGCUGAAUUAUGAAGGAUCUCUCCAGCGGUGUCCAUCUGAUCCAGAUCUGUAUGCCUCUUUAGUCUAACUCCAUGAACACUGUUUUAUAUUUAGCACUCUACAUGUGUGUGUGUGUGUGUGUGUGUGUGUGUGUUUUUGUGUGUGGGGAAUGGAGCAGAGGUUGUGCAGGAGAUAUGAUAAUUUCCCUGAGUUGUGUGCUCAUGAGGUGGAGAACUUGAGAUGUGUGUUAAUGAAAGCUUGUAUUUAUUGUGAAGAUUCUGCAACAUAAAAUGUUUCUCUGUGUAAACACACCCUUAAAUCAGAUGUCAAAGUUAUGAUUUUCUUUUUUUUUUGCAUCAUUGUCAAGAAAUGUUGGAGAAAUGAAGACUAACUAUAAAUGAAAGAUUAUUUCUGGGUGACAUCUGUUGUUUAACCCGUGUUUGUGUGCUGAUAUUCAUAAUCUGUGAGAAGAAAAAUCAUAAAUUUGUUAGCUAGCCUAUUAGCCAAAUAAAAGCUCCAGCGAUAGCCACUUCCUGUAUU